GCGUUACUUAACGUAUCGGCUUAACUUUCUUUUCGAACGCGUUCAUUUUUUCUGUUCCAGUGAAGCGUAAAUAACUAGAAUGAAUUUUUUUCUAUUUUGAUGACGUAUCUCAAAGGAGAGAUUCAAAGGAGUCGUUGAUUGGUUGUUUCUCGUUUUUGAACUUUCGCAUGCAUUUGACCGACCAAUAUCAGAUAUAGUGUAUGAAACUCUGAACAGCUAUGUCAUCGGUAGACUGAUGUAGCGAGCUGUCCAUUUUUUAUUCUUUUCUUUUUUUUUUCUAAACACAUAUUAUUAUACAGUUAAAAGAAAUACAAAACGCUCAGGCCGCGCUAGAGUGAGAACAGGGAACAGAGAACCUCAGACCCUUCUAUCUGAGGUGGGGGCUCCCCGGACAACUUUUUUUUUAUAGAUUUCUAUUGGUCAACCAAUACAACAAACCUCAUGUUUUUUACCAAUCGGAGCACGCGUAGUAUCCCAAUUGUUCUGUACUUGCGGAAUGAUUUGAUGUCAUAAAGGUUACGAAGCAAUGCAUCGUGACGCAAGAAUUGAAUCAAGAGCAGGAAAUUCUAUAGUCGCCAAACUUUCAGUUGAAAGUAAGCUUCCUCGGUAAUGCGACAAUCUACCUUCCCAUGCAUUCUCUUGUUCUUGAUGUUAUGCUGUACAUCUGGCAAAUAUUUAUCUGGAAAUAUCAAAAAUGGACAAAGUUGGGUGUUCGUAUCUGAAUUUUCCUUCGUUGAUGAUCAAGGAAAGCUGGAAUACAAAGUGGAAUAUUCUGUAACAGGAGAAUGUUGUCCGAGUCUGGCGUAUUAUUCUCACGACUCAUAUAAAACCGUUUCAACCAAUAAUGACAUGGACUGCCAAUCUAAGCUUUCUCGUGCUCAGGGAAUUGUUAAAUUUCAAAGUACACCGACGGACGACAGUUCAAACAUCUCAGGAAACUAUUCAUCCCAAUGCUUCCAUAUCAUCGACAAAAAUCUUCGGAAAUGCUCGGGUAUUCUUCGUGUUUAUUCACCAGACCAAUGGUGGUUCUUUGCACUAAGUCACUGUAAUAGUUCACAGGGAUUGGACAUUUCUUAUGAAUUUACUUUUACAAACAGUGACAACUGGGAGGAACAUUUAUCAGGUGAAGAAAUGCAUGGCGUUGAGAAUCUAGCAGUGUCAUUUGGAUCCAUACUUGUUUUAUUUGGGAUUGGUUUACUCUUUGCACGAAGGCUUCUUCAACUGGAUAAACUACACAAGGCCUUCAAAGUGUUCAUGGCAUCAUUAAGCUGUGAAGUAAUCGCUCAGCUUCUUAUUUGUAUAUACUACAUACCUUAUGUCCGAAGUGGAAUACAAAUUCCCUAUUUAACAAAUGCUGCAGAGCUACUCCAUCUUAAAAGCCAAGUCAUUUUUAUCCUGCUUCUAAUUUUGUUGGCACAUGGGUGGACGAUGACCAAAGCCCGCAUCAGCAGAGAUCUUGCUAAGUUUUGUUCGCUGCUCGCCUUUACCUACGGAUGUCUGUUCGCGUACAAACAGGCAUUUUCCGACCAUCUGAUUGCCCAUUUUUUUCUCGAAGGUCUUGCAGAUAAAGGGUAUCAAUUUCUACGGAUAAUUGCUUGGGUUUGUUUUGCAUUUGGACUAUAUUUGUCCUUCCGAAAUCAUUCUGAUAAGAAAAUAUUCUACCUUUAUUUUGGAGCUCUCUGUUCCGUGUGGUUUUUGUUUGAACCAUUAUCUACCUUAGCAUUCUCUUUCCUUCUCAGCGGGCCAAGUUCAAUGAAAAUAAUGCGACUUUUUCGCUCAACUUGGCUUGAUAUACUGGGGUUUGGCGGAAUUUUGCGUCUUAUGCUACCAAGUAUGGUUGAUGUGGUUUUCCCUCAUCGUGUUCCUGUAAACGAAGUUGAUACUGUACAAGUUCAAGAUUGGAACAAUUUUCAGCGAACAUAGCACUUAAAUUAUCAUUUCUAAGCUAGACAAAGCGGGCAAUAAUACUUGUGUGUAACACACAAUUUCGUAAAGCAAAUUAAUUAAUCUCGCUGGAAUAUCUCAGGAUACAACUGCAGCAAAGUGGAGCAAUACUUCAACUGAGAACUUUCCUCAAAGUGAUUUUUGCAGAACGUUUCUGCUAAUAAAGUCUUAAACCGUGAUA